AUGCCGGUGACCUUCGAGGAGGUGGCUGUGUAUUUCACCGAGGGACAGGGGGCUCUGCUGGACCCCGCUCAGAGAGCCCUGUACAGGGACGUCAUGCAGGAGAACCAUGAGACAGUGACCUCGCUGGCAGGAUUUCCCGUUCCCAAGCCCGACCUGAUCGCCCGGCUGGAACGAGGGGAAGAGCCGUGGGUCCCGGAUCUCCAGGCCUCAGAGGAAAGUGCGAGCCCGAGAGGCACCUGCACAGCAGGUGAUAGGACAGUGAGUGAGACCAAGGAGGAGAAUCAGCAGCAGGAAGGUCCUGAGGAAGUGGAAUCGCAGGAGAGGUUUUUCAGAAAAGCUGAAUGGAAUUUUUCCCAGUGCUUGGAACAGGGAAAUGCCUGGGGAGAUCGACACGGAUCAGAGAUGCAGCUGGGAAACUAUCCUGGGAAGAAACUGGAUAAAUCCACUGAAUGUGGCGGAGGAUGUAAGGAUCCCAAGGAAACCACAGUCCAGCAGAGAAGUCACAAUGAAGAGAAACCCUACAAAUGCCUUGACUGUGGGAAAAGAUUCAGUGUCAGUGCAAACCUUCUUACACAUUGGAGAACCCACACAGGAGAGAAGUCCUAUGAAUGCUUGGACUGUGGGAAAAGCUUCAGUAGGAAGCUAUGUCUUAUUGUACACCAGAGAGUACACACAGGAGAGAGACCCUUUAAAUGCCUUGAGUGUGGGAAAACUUUCAUUAAGCACUCAGACCUUACUAAGCAUCAGAAAAACCACACAAGCGACAAACCCUAUAAAUGCCUCGACUGUGGGAAAAGCUUCAUUGACAGAAUAAAACUUACUAGUCAUCAGAGAAUCCACACAGGAGAGAGACCCCAUAAAUGCUUUGACUGUGGGAAAAGCUUCAUACAGAAGUCGAGGCUUACUGUACACCAGAGAGUGCACACGGGAGAGAGACCCUUUAUAUGCUGUGAGUGUGGGAAAAGUUUUAUUCGAAGCGCAGAGCUUAUUAAACAUCAGAUCACCCACACAGGAGAGAGACCCUUUAUAUGCUGUGAGUGCGGGAAAAGUUUUAAUCAUAACUCAGCACUUAUUGCACAUCAGCGAUCCCACACAGGAGAGAGACCCUAUGGAUGCCUUGAGUGUGGGAAAGGUUUUAUUGAGAACUCAGCGCUUACAAGACAUAGGAGAAUCCACACAGGAGAAAGACCCUAUAAAUGCCACGAGUGUGGGAAAAGUUUCAGUGUGCAAUCAACCCUUAAUACACAUCAGAAAACCCACACAGGAGAGAGACCCCAUAAAUGCUUCGACUGUGGGAAAAGCUUCAUUCAGAAGUCAAAGCUUAGUGAACACCGGAGAGAACAUACAGGAGAGAAACCAUAUAAAUGCCUUGACUGUGGGAAAACUUUCAUUAAGCGCUCAGGGCUUAUUGUACACCAGAGAGUGCACACGGGAGAGAAACCCUUUAAAUGCCGUGAGUGUGGGAAAAGUUUUAGUCAGAGUGCAACGCUUAUUACACAUCAGCGAACCCACACAGGAGAGAGACCCUAUGGAUGCCUUGAGUGUGGGAAAAGUUUUAUCGCAAGUUCAGCCCUUACUAACCAUAGGAGAUUCCACACGGGAGAAAGACCCUAUAAAUGCCACGAGUGUGGGAAAACUUUCAGAUACCGCUCAAACCUUACUAAACAUGGGAGAAUCCACAUCGGAGAGAUGUAUUAUGAAUGCCUUGAGUGUGGGAAACAUUUUGUUGACAGAACAAAACUUACUGUUCAUCAGAGAAUCCACACAGGAGAGAGACCCCAUAAAUGCUUAGACUGUGGGAAAAGCUUCCUUCAGAAGUCAAAACUUAUUCUACACCAGAGAGUGCACACAGGAGAGAGACCGUAUAAGUGCUUGGAGUGUGGGAAAAGCUUCAUUGAGAAGUCACAACUUAUUCUACACCAGAGACUGCACACAGGAGAGAGACCCUUUCAAUGCUGUAAAUGUGGGAAAAGUUUUAUUCGGAGCACAGCGCUUAUUACACAUCAGAGAACCCACACAGGAGAGAGACCCUUUAAAUGCCUUGAAUGUGGCAAAAGUUUUAGUCAGAGCUCAAAUCUUUUUGCACAUCAGAGAACUCACACAGGAGAAAGACCCUAUAAAUGCUUGGACUGUGGGAAAACUUUCAGUCAGCGCCCACACCUUACUAAACACGGGAGAAUCCACACAGGAGAGACCUUAUAA